AUGCCGGGGGAACAACCACCUUUGCCAGGUCCAGGUCCAGUCUUUGACAAACUUGAGAACUUCAAUUUUUUGAUGUCGCGUCACGAUCCGGCAGCCAAGACUCGACAGUACUCAUUUGACGCUGAUACUGGGCUGGUCCCAUUUGGCAACGUGAGUAUGGAUUAUGAUCAGACCGAAGGCAUGGGCGGUCUGUCUGUCAGUUCCUAUGAGAGUAUAGAAGACGACCGCAGCUCCCUCGAUCUCCGAGGCUAUCCCUAUCACGGUCCUCCCGGCGAGAAGUCCGUCAACUACAAUCUUCCAGAGCACAUGAUGCCCUACUCAGCACACUCAAUCUACCCACCAGUCCCUUAUGCGCCCGACGAGCUCGGUCACGCACAGGGAGCCCUCACUCCAUCCGAUGUUUCCUCAUCCAUCUCCCCGCCCAACGGCCAAAUGGGAAACACCAAGUACAGCACCACCAUCUCCGGCGAUCGCAUCGCCGCCGCCCUCGAUCAAGAGGAGGGCGUACGUGGUGCCGCAGAGGAAGAUCGUCGUCGUCGAAAUACCGCUGCCAGCGCCCGCUUCCGUCAGAAGAAGAAGCAGCGCGAGCAGGUCCUCGAACGUACUGUCCGGGAAACUACCGAGAAGAACGCUGCCCUUGAAGCUCGCGUCGCCCAGCUCGAAAUGGAGAAUCGUUGGCUGAAGAACCUCCUCACCGAGAAACACGAUGCCAGUUCUCGUUUGCCGGCCCCGGUUAAGGAUAGCUCGGCUCUCGAGCUAAAAGGUCCUGGAGCCAAUACCAGACAAAAACAUAUUCAGCCCAAAAAGAAGGGCGUCGGCACCGAGGAGUGA